AAAGAUCAUUAGACUCCGAAGACAAUUUAAAAUCAUAUUUUGCAAGAAUCCCAAAGAAACUUCAAAAUCAGUACUAUAACUUGUUCGCAAAGGAAUACUCCCAUUAAAGAAGUCUUAAAUCCGAUCAAAUUAUGAAGGCAAUUUUUUUGUACGUGUAUGAAUAAAGUCAAUUGCUAACAUUGCAUGCGUGUUGUGUAGGACCCUUUGCAGUUCAACUCAAAGAAGCUGCUCUGAAAUUUCCUUCUCUCUCCCCCUCAGAGUCUUCAGUUUCCCAAAUUUGUUGUUUGGGUCUUUAGAAUGGGAUCAUCAUACGAUUUCAGGAACAGAACUGAACCGCCUUACAGUACGCAAUCCCCCAUGUACGGCCGGCCGGCAACCACUGCUCCCCAUCCGAUAUACGGACAACCCUCCAGCCUCUAUCCUCGGGUCGGUCAACACUCAGGCGGCAACCGUAAUCCCUCUUUUUACCCCACAUCGUCCACUACGGGAAUCGGCAUCAGAGUUGCUAUGAAACCAGAAUAUCGGAUUAGGCCUCCGCCUCCGUUGUCCCCACAAGUAGGAGACAUUCCUCGAAGCACAUUUCACUUUGAUUUUGACCUUGAGAAGAAGAUUUUAGCUGAAGCACAAAAGGAAAGCCAAAACUGGAGCAGUUUAGGUCUGGAAAAUCUUCCAUCCAGAGGGUCACACCAAGCUUCUAUGGCAUCCUCUGGGGAUCCUGUUAUGAACAAAUACAUUGCAUUGGGUCUCAACAGAGAGGCUGUGCCUCUUGCAGUUGCAAAUUAUGGAGACAAUCCAACCAAGGGGACAAGCGGCAGUUUGGGUUGUAGCAGCAAUCACUUAUUUUUUAGCUAUGCUUUUUGGACUGCAAUUAAGAGGGCCUAUGAGCUUGGACAUCUAGAUGAUCUAGAGAAAUCACUCCCACAUUAUUAAUGAUAAUUUCUAUUUAUCAUACUCUGCACCAGAUGGAAUGACCUAGUAUUUGUUUAUCAAUGGUCUUAACGUAUUGAACAUACAAGUAUUUUAAACUAUAUAAGAAGAACAAUUUGUCAAGUAGCAGCCUUUUGCAGUCUGAAAAUCUAGAAAUUAUUUUAUUGAAGCUUAUUGUAAAUGGUAAUAGAUAUUUAACUUUGAUACUCGAAAAGCAUAUCAUGUAAUUUAUUUGGGAUGGAAGGAGUAACAAACAGUGUUACUAAUUAUUUGUGUUAUUGCACUAAGAGAGAGCCUCUGUCUAGUAAAUGGAACAAUUCAUCU